CGCCCUCUAGACAAAAGAACCAGAGAGAGCGAGAGAGCGAGAGAGCGAGAGCUUCGCUGAUGGCGAAGACCAAGCCGGGCAGGAAGGACCUCGAUUCCUACACCAUCAAAGGCACCAACAAGGUCGUCAAAGUUGGGGACUGCGUGCUGAUGCGGCCGGCGGACUCGGAAAAGCCGCCGUACGUUGCGCGGGUGGAGAAGAUCGAAGCCGAUCACCGGAACAAUGUCAAGGUGCGCGUCCGCUGGUAUUACCGCCCUGAGGAGUCGAUUGGGGGACGGAGGCAGUUCCAUGGGGCUAAGGAACUCUUCCUCUCUGACCAUUACGAUGUGCAGAGCGCCCACACUAUUGAGGGCAAGUGUGUUGUUCACUCCUUUAAGAAUUACACCAAGCUUGAGAAUGUGGGGGCAGAGGACUACUUUUGCCGUUUUGAGUACAAGGCUGCUACUGGGGGCUUCACUCCUGACCGCGUGGCUGUGUAUUGCAAGUGUGAGAUGCCUUAUAAUCCAGAUGAUCUCAUGGUUCAGUGCGAGGGAUGCAAGGACUGGUUUCAUCCAGCUUGUAUGGGCAUGACUAUUGAGCAGGCCAAAAAGUUAGAUAACUUCUUGUGUUCAGACUGUGUCUCCGAGGAUGAUGCCAAAAGGUCUCCAAAUUCCUUUCCUGUGGCGCCACUUUCAGAGACCAAGGUUGAAUCAAAAAGACGAAAGCGAUGAAUUAUCAAUAUUUAACGUUGUUUAUGAGGUGUUGUGUCUUUAUGCUGCAGUAGCCUCUUUCUUUUGUUGGCAGUAUAGAAGUGUACAGUAGAGAGGGAAGAAGGACUGACUGUGCUUGCACUAACCAAGGCCAAGGUGAGAUUUUCAAAUUUGUAUGUUCAGUUUGGUAAUAUGUUAAAAUCGUCCUUGGGAAGUGAGCAUGGAUGUUUUCUGUCUUGAGUCUGGUUCUUAGCUUCAGAAGAGGCUGUCAACUGUGGGGAUACACCAAAAAGCAGAGAAAAUUGUGUGACUUUCAAUUGGUAAUGUUCUCUAUUCGUCUUAAUGACAACUUUGUGUUUGUUGUAAUCUUUUUAUCAUUUUAUUGACUUCAAGCCUUUUGCCUGAAAAAGUUUCUGUGUGUUCACUUGAAUUUGAAGUUGCAUUUUGCCCCUUCUUUUUAAUUUUAUCAAGUUGAUAGUCUCA